UAUAAAAAAAAAACUCGAUCAAAACCUGUGAACUAGUAAACUGCGUAACAGUAAGCCGGAUGAGUUGUGUUCGAUAAGCGUUUGUUUUUUCCAUCAAACACCAAAGCCAAAGCCGUAGCAAAAUUUACAUGUUUUUCUCUUGGUUACAUGAAAAAAGCGGCGACGACGGGCGGAGGUGGUGGUGUGCGGGAUAUGCACACGCGAAAAAUGGUUCUUUUCUUUGUUUGUAGAUUUCAAGCUCUAAUUGCGCGCGCCAACACCAUUAUUCACUCAAUGCUUUGGGUAUUUUUCAUAUCUUCGUUUUCCACGUUUUGCUCUGUGUGCGAGUGUGUGUAUGUGUGUGUGUGUAUUGUUUUUUGUUCCAUCGGUCUUUCUUUCUUCAUCGAAGAAAAAUGGUUUGUUGCAUAUAUAUAUUUCAUCGGUACUUGUUUUUUCCACGUACAUUUUCUGUGAUUGAAGUGUGUUGUUCUUCUCAAUGAGGCUCAUUGUCGAUUCACGCUCUGGAAUACGUAUUGACCAAAAAAAAAUACAUACAACCAUUACCACGGCUGCUGCUGUUGCUGUUGUUGCUGUUACAUCGCAAACCUUUUGCCUAGACAAGAGCUACGAACAAACGAACGAAACAAAGAUGCAAAAGAAAACAAUAACACAUUUUUACUCAAAUUGUAACAAACUAAUGAAUAAUACAACAAACGCGCGUUUGUUUCACUCAUUUUCAUGUUUUGCAAUUCAUAACCAUUUUCACUGAUUGAAAACGCACACUGAAACUGUACUAAAGCAACGCAAAACUGAAAUGUAUGUCGUUUCGAUCGAACAAAGUGCUUUGCCGAGCGCGAUCGAAUAAAUGUAGAUUUGUUGUGCCUUAAUUUAGCUUGUGUUGUUUUCCCGCUUCGAUUCUCAAUGCCGAUUGAAAAUAUUGCCACAGAAAAUGCGCCUGUUUGGACCGAAGAAAAAUGAGCCAAACGAACGAGUGAGAGAAAUGAUGUUUAACGAUUGACGAUCUAGUUAAAUGCCCUUUUAAUGGGCCCGAUAAAAAAACACACACACACACGCAUACACACAUUCGCACAACAUCCGACAUUCAAUAAACAACAUCACUUUCGAUUAACUAUCCACUUAAUGGAAGCUGAUGAAGAAAACAACAACAACAACACAAAUCGACGAUACAAAGAAGAAGGGAAAAAACCAGCCGCCGACUGCAUCAUUGGAAUGAUGAGUGCCUAAUAUUCAUCACGUCUCAAGUACAUUCGGCUCAAUCAGCGAUAUAAUUUCGAAUAGCGCGAGCGAUUGAGUAGAGACAAUAAUCAAGUGGCACUCUCUUCAAUCAAAAAUUGAUUAUCGAAAUGGAGCUUAAGUCAGUCGAGACAUAAAAACCGUCUAAUAAACCGCUGAAUGAACGAAUGGACGAAAUAAAAAAGAACACGUCUUGAAUAAAGUGAAGGUUUCAUUCGAAGCCAAUUAAAUGAGUCCAAAGCGAACCGAGCGAUCGAUCGAGCGAGCGAGCGAGCGAGCGAAUGCGAUCACUUCUCUCUCGGCCCGAUCCAACUUCAUUCGGCUUAUGCAAAUGAAUCAGAGAAAUUCAACAGUCAAUUUCGAGGUUUUUUUCCCUCCCUUCUUCCUCUGCUUUUUUAAUAUCGAAAGAAUGGAAUAUAUAUUCAAAAUCUCUAUCAGUAAUUCUUUCGAACGGCCAUUUCUUCCAAAAAUACUUUCUUCAGUAGAGUGAAUCAAAGAGUCGUAGUGAGCGCAUGUUUUUCUCUCGUUGUUUUGACAAUCGAAUUAAAAAUCCCAUUCACAAAUCGAUCGUAGGUGAAUGGCGUGAAAAAUAAAACAGAUCACUUCAUUGCUGAUAUUCACAAUGUACGAGAAAAUCCUUGGCUCGUAACCAGUGUGACCGACGCCAAAUGGGAUCAUUUAAAAACAAGGCAAAUUCGCAAAUUCACGCCUUUGAACUAAUUUUACGUGGUUGUAGUAGCCGUUUGUAAUAUGAAGCGAAGAAACAAAAAAUUGCAGUCAAGAUAGAAAAUUUCAGAGUUGCCUGUACCGUGCGCCGUACACAAUUUGUUUACACAUCAAUGUGACAUGAAAAAUCGCACACCCGAAUGAAUCGAUGACGCGUAAACAAGACAAUUUUGUUGAUACGUUUUUAGCCUUUCCGGUAGAGCGCAUAAAAACAGAAAUCACUUUACGAUAUUAUUUAUAAUAUAAAAUGUAACAUAAUUCAUUCACAGUGAGAAGGAGAGAGCACGAGUCCUGUGUGCCUACAAGUGAACAAAUAGCAAACAACAGCAACGAAAAAAAACACAAUUCACAUACAUACAUGCAUACAUUAAACGAAGGUACGGAACGCACAUUCGAGUCGCGGUGCCUACACACAUAAACACGGCAAAAAACACAACGAAAGCGAGAAAGCAAAAUUUAACAACGUCAUCGCAUGUGCGCAUGACCGUUUUAUAGGUUUUGUGGUCUUCAUCCUAUCAGUAUAUGACUGGUGUUGUGGCCAGGGGAUUUUAUCACUUUUGCACUGGUUCAAUGGUUUAUUUUUGCAUUGCAAUCGAUGAAUUUGAAUUCUUAAAACGAUGGAAUAGCUCUGCAAAAACCAAAGAAGGCGGGAGAAAAUAGUCAGUUGAGCCAUUGGAGAAGUGUUUUUUUUAAUUUCUAUUUGAGUUUUUCUCUCCUUGUGGACUGAUUUUCCCUUACUUCAAAUAUAUUUUUAGGGGCAAUACAACAACAAGAACUAGUUCAUUCCUCCAUUUCAAAGGCUUCGAACCAUUUGCCAUUAUCGACCCUUGUUUUUCGAUCAAUUGAAUCUUCAAUUGUUUUCCGUUGUUAAUUUAAUCAAUUGAAAAAUGAUGUUUGUAAAUAAAAAUGACAUGAACUCCAAUUGUUGAUGGCAAUAAUCAUGGCCAAAUGUUGUCCUCAAAUUGAUAGGCUCAACAUACCGUCAACUCUAAAAUUUGGCUUGAACGCGUUCGGCCCCUAGAUUAGAAUUUAUAUCCACUUGGUGUGUUUACAAAUUCACCGCUGGCGUUGUUUGUGUGUAUGUGUUGCCGGUGUAUGCAUAUGCAUCCCAAACGGUUGAAAGUGUAGAGAUAUUAGCCUGUUGUCCUUCUAAAAACUUAAUUUUUCAUUUAUUACCGAAUUAUCCUUUGAGCCGUCGAUUUUUUUUUCACCUCCUCAUUACAACUCAAUUACUAUAAUUUCCAAUUUCGUUCACACAAAAAGAACUCAAAUAUCUUUGUGUUUGCUCUUAUUUCCAAUCAAAGUAGUCUUGCUUUCAUCUUCGAACGAAGAAGAAAAAGAGACCGAAAUCUACUAGAUCGAUUGUUGAUUCCAACAAGUCGCAGUUUGUCGUUGUCGUUGGAGGCGAUGCAAUGGUCAUCUGUGUAUGACAAUCGAAUCGGUUGCACAUGUAUGUGUGUCGGUGUGUACGCUAGCUCGCAAAACGAUGAAGAAGGAAAGGGAUCAACAGAAAAAACAACAAUGGGACUUGGUUAGAAAGCUGAUUUCAUUUUAGUAGCUCAAUUAAUAUACACACAGCGUAAUACUCUGCGAGCACAUCAACAGCCAUACGAACACAAGUGGAAGUCACGACUUCGAAAUACACUCUAGGCACUCUCUCAAUGGGAAAUGCCGUGAGAUUCAUUUGCGUAUUUGUAAAUCCAUUUAGAAAAGAAGUCGAACGAAAGAAGAAGAAGAAAAAAACCAUAUACAAAAAUUUGUAUAGUCUACAAAUAUCGUCCGUUGAUCGUCUUUGAGUUUUCUAUUAAUUUGCUUGUGAUUCUAUCCCGCAUACUAAUUCACGCAUACACACAUGGCAACGCUCGCGGUAUCUCUCUCAAUCUCUCUCUCUCUCUCUCUCUCGCUCAUAUAUACACGCGACCGUAUGUUCAGCUCACACACUUCGGGGGCUCAUUAUUGUCAUUUUUAUAUUUCUCUCGUUGUUUCGCGCCAUCUCUUUUGCUCACUCAAAGCAAGCCACUUUUUCUGGAUCGUUCUCGCUUCGGCUCAAUACUGUUCUGAGUAUCCGAAUGCACAACACAUAAUGCUGUAUGCAAUCAAGCAAGCAAGCGAGCGAGCAAAGCAGCCAAUUUACUCUCCACACACAUAUGACUCACAGAUGUGCGUCGAUUUGUGCGCAAAUCGACACUCCGAUUUGUUUUACUACACAUACACAUACACUAUACACUCACGCUCACUCACAUUCGUGUGUUUGCCCGAAGAGAGAAAGAUUUGUUGCGUCUCCCGACCAACAACGAAGACGACGACGACGAGAAAUGCAUGAACGUGUGACUGUAUGUGUGUAUAGUGUGUAGUAUCGUAAAGAGAGAGAGAAAAAGAAGAGAGACGAAGAAGAAAAAAAUCAACAGAAUCAACGAGUACGUUUUUCAUCUAUACGGUGCUGGUAUAUCGCUCCGUUUGGGCUACAGGCUUUACAGCUUUCGUGGAGUAGUUUGGAUUGUGAUUAUGAUUCAACUAAAAAAUAGUGUAACAUAAACGUUGUUGUAUGUUGGCCGCAUUAUUUUGCGUGUGUACAAACGACGACCACGACGACAACGACUUCAACCGACGAGAAAAAUUGCGUAUUGUUUAGUGUGAUUAUUAGUUUAUUAUAUAUUUUUUUUGUUGGUUCAAUUGUUUGAAAAUCAAAUUUUUUGUUUGGUCCAUUUUCUGGUUUGAAUACCUAAUAAACAGAGUGAGAGGCGUCGUAAGAUAUCGUUAUACAUCAAUAUUUUUAAUCAUAUUGCGGUAACUAUUUGUGGCUUGUGCUGAAAAUCAAACAAAACUAAUACAAAUCAAAUUAAAAAAAAAAAGUAUUACUACACGACAACACCAACGACGACGACGAAGACAACAACCAAUAAAGCCAAAAAAAUUGUUGAUUCGAUUGUUGUGCAUCGUUUUGUGUUCACGACGAGAACAAGAGUGAGAACAUUUUACGACGAAUGAAAGCAUCAAUUAAAUCAGCCAAUUGAAUGUGACAAUGCUCAAUCAAUGUAGCCAACGUUAGCGUACUGUGACAACAGCGAAUUUCAGUAAAAUUCAAACAAACGGAAAAAAGAAAAAAUUAAAUUUUUGCAAUAACAACAACAAAAAAAAAACGAAAGAAAAUAAAGAAGUAAACAAACAAACGAAAAAUUAAGAGAAAAAAAGUGAAUAAGGGUGGUGAAGAAGUGAAGUUGUGCGGUGCUGUGUUGGAAAAUCAGUUUGCUUUUACGAAAAUUACAUAUGUGCUGGAUCUUCAAGAUAAAUGCUGUAUUAAAAUUGACUUGAGGGAAUGACACGUAUCAUGGUUAAAAUGACAUGUAACGCACAACACGAAUUUGUGAUAAAUUGCAAGUGAAACGCGCUUGGUUUAAAGCAAAACAUAAAAACAACAACAGCAACCAAAUUAAACCACAUGGACGUUCAGUGAAGUAGAAGAAAAGAAGCAGUAAAAAUGUUUCAGUGUAUCAUUCAGCAGCGUAAUGGAUGGAUUCAUGCGCCGAAUCCAGAAACAAGAGAUGUAUUUCCAGAUAUACGAUUGCAGUUGAACGAACAGCUACGAUGUCUCGACGUUCGUAUGGAAUCUCAAGUGUCGUUAAUUCAGGAACUACAAGACUUUUUUCGGCGACGCGGUGAAGUCGAACUGGACUACAGUCGCAGUUUAGAUAAAUUGGCCAAAGGCAUUCAAUUAAGACACAAAGAACAAAAGCAAAAACGUGAUCAAUGGCCAAUGUUUUCGACAUAUUCAUGCUGGCAAUUGCUUGUCAAUCAAACGAAAGCAUUGUCAAAGGAUCAUGCAACACUGUCGGAGAUCUAUACAACACAUCUGGUGGCCCGUUUACAAACCGUCAUCGAAGAUGUGCAACGCAUUUAUAAGAAAUGCCGAGAGAUCGGCUACGAAACACACGAGGAAAUUUUACGUGUGCUUCAGGAGCUGCAUACAACUAUGAAAACAUAUCAUAGCUAUCAAACGGAGUGCAAAGCAGCCGAAGCAAAACUUCGUACCGCCGAAACGCAACGCAUGAAAUUGCAACAGACGAUACCAAAGGAAAAAUUGGAUCGUAGCAAAAAAUAUAGACUGAUUGAAAAGGAAAUGCUCAAGCGCAAAGUGAAAUACACCGACGCAAGACUGAAAGCUUUGAAAGCGAAAAAUGAAUAUCAACUCUGUUUGGAGGCUUCAAACACAACCAUCCACAAGUAUUUUGUUGAGGACCUAAGCGAUUUGAUCGAUUGCAUGGAUUUGGGUUUUCAUUCGAUGAUGUCGCGUGCAUUGUUGAUGCAUGUGACCGCUGAUCAAGGACGCUGUCGUGCCAUCAUGCACAAUGCUGAUCAAAUGUCGCACACAAUCCAUGCGAUGGACAGUCGAGCCGAUAAGCAAAAGUUUCUCGAACUCUAUCACAGCGCAUUUAUGAUACCGAAACGGCUGGAAUUCCAAGGUCAACUGAAUGAAGAGUCGGCCGUUGAGCCGGAACUAUCAAAGGCAUUACACUCGGAAAUGGAACAACGGCUUCAGCAUCUUGGCCAACGUGUUGGCAAUUUGCGCAUGGAAUCGGAAGAGAUUUGGAAAACACUCGAAACGGCCGAAAUCAAUUUAUUAGAAAUUCUGAAUACGAAAGAUUAUGACAGUAGCAGCCAUUUUGGCGACAGUACAACACAAUCAGCCAGACCCGACAGUCUAACACAAAAACUCAAAUCUGACAAACAGGAAAUAGAGGAAUUUUACAUAACGAAAAUUCGCGAAUAUAUUCUGGGAACAUCACGAAUUGCCCGUCUCGACGCCAAAGCAGAGCUACUUCGAACUGAAUUGGCCAAAGAUUCGUCGCUCAAUUCGAACGCAACGCUUUUGGUGAAAUCUCAAGUGCCGAAACGAAAACGAAUCGGACGCAUGAACAUGACCGGCCAGCCAAAACUCUUUGGCGGCUCACUUGAAGAAUAUCUUGAAGCAACCGGCGAGGAGAUACCACUGAUUAUGCGCAGUUGCAUCCGUGUCAUUAAUUUAUACGGCCUUCAUCAUCAGGGUAUAUUCCGAGUGUCUGGUUCUCAAGUUGAAAUAUCGAAUUUCCGCGAAUGUUUUGAACGUGGCGAAGAUCCACUAGCUGACACAACCGAUGCGUCCGAUAUUAAUUCCGUCGCUGGUGUGCUCAAAUUGUAUUUGCGCGAAUUGCGCGAACCAUUAUUCCCCAUCAUCUAUUUCGAUCAUUUCGUUACACUUGCUCAACUUGAAUCGAAGCACGAAUUGGUGAUGGGCAUACGAAAAUUCUUGCAGAGUCUACCGCGAGCAGUGGUGAUUGUGAUGCGAUAUCUUUUUGCAUUUUUGAAUCAUUUGUCGGAGUACGCCGAUGAAAAUAUGAUGGACGCGUAUAAUUUGGCAAUUUGCUUUGGUCCAACAUUGAUGCCGGCACCAGAGGAAAAAGACCAAGUGCAGUGUCAGAAUCAAGUCAAUGAUUUGGUCAAGAACAUGAUUGUAUUCCAUGAAGAUCUAUUCCCGAAAGAUCUUGGCGGUACCAUUUAUGAGAAGUAUAUCUCACAAGAGCCGUUCGAUUGCGACGUCGGUGACUCGCCAACCGAACAAGUUACCGAAGAUCCAGACUCAGAAGUGUAUCCAUCCGAAGACGAGUCCGAUACAAUGGAGGCGACCGCUCAAUUUGAUUUCAUUGCCCGUUCCGAGCGUGAAUUGUCACUGCGCAAAGGCGAUCUAGUUACACUGCGAAAACAAGUGUCGAAUGAUUGGUGGCAAGGCACCGUUCGAGGCAAAGAUGGUUUAAUUCCCGAUAAAUACAUAUCGCUCAAAAUAAAAGAUGAAGAUCGUGAUAAAUCGUGCGACCAUUUGAAAUCAUCGAGUUCGGAGGAGUCGGUGCGAAAGCGGCGACCGAGCGGAAAUAUUUCGAUAAAUAGUCAACUGUCGAUAUUUUCUCAAACGACAAUGUCCACGGAAUUGGAGCGUCCGCCAUCACAACAAGGUCAACAGCCACAGGCGCCGCCUCAGCAGCCACCUGGAGUGCAUCAUAUGACUCAUCAUUCACACCCGACAACACCACAUGCGCAGUCAAAACCGAUAAAAAUCUCCGGCAACGAAUCGACUAAAUCAAGUUCAUCGUCGACAUCGGCCGAAAGCAGUGCCGAUUCCACCGAGCGUCUGAUUCUAACAAAACAAAAUACAAUUGUGAAGGCAAGCACAGCGUCCGCAUCCGGUUCCGACCGGUCCGAUGAUAAUGCCGACGAUUUCCAUUACGAGGCAAUUGUCGAUUCAAAUGUCACAAAACCAAAAUACGCGUACCACGAUGAGCCGCAUUCAUUUGAAAAUUCCAUGGAAUUCCUGGAGGAUUAUAAAAAUUUUCAAUAUGAGAAAAAGCGACCUUCUGAGCCAGUGUAUGCGGAGCCAAUAAAGCCGUCAGCUGCGGUGUUCAAGGCAACGCCAGGUGCUAGAGGUAGUGGAAGUUCGACGGAUGCCUCACAAUCAGAUGAGACGGAUGGCGUUCAAUUGCGUCAUGGUCCAAGAGCCAGUGACAGUGAAGCGGAAACGGAGCCAGUGACAUAUGAAAAUACGGCCGUUUUGAAUACGGAUAAAAGUGGUAAAACACGUCAUUCUGAUUCGCACGUGAUGAAUGAAUACUCAAAUACAAACCGUGACGAGCCGGUGGUAGCUCAACGUUCGGUAAACAAUGCUCAACGGAAAUUCCAUUCGAAAAGUUUCAGUUUGUCGGAGAAUCGAGUGGCCGCCAAUUUGAAUCUGUUCCAACAGAACCGUGAACUAUGGGAGAAACGCACGGAAAUGCAAUCAACCCACAGUUUAACGGCACCGCGAAUUCUCACACGCAAUCGAAUCGCACCUGAUCUGGUAAUGGAUUUGCCGGUAUCGAAUAAGGAACGAGCCGUUAACAGUUCACGUGAAUCACUGAAUUCGAGCGAUGAAACGGGCAGUGAUGGUGCCAAUGCGGGCAGUUCAACGACAAAGAAUGAUGUGGUCAAUUCCAAAUCGAUCGAAGACAUGACAACCGCCGAACGAUUUGCCACACAAAGUCAAUGCACGUUAAAGAAAAACGAACGAUUUACGGCUGGUCCAGCGGAUAGUAGCGACAAAGAGAAUCAAGUCGAUGCAGAAGCUGGCUCUACCACCGUGCUUGCCACCAGGAACAGUACACACGAGAAGCCAAAGGCGGAAAUAAAACCACAGGAAAGUACAUUGAUGAAGGAAUUGUAUCGAACCAGUGACAAUGGCAACGAAUCAUCAACAUCCGUGAUCUCAAAAGACCAAGCAAGUGUUAAGCCGAACAACACAACCAAAGAUUUGCAACACAAAAGCCCGAUUCCAACCCGGAAUACGCAGAAAUUCGUCAGUCAAUUUGCCGAUCUGAAAUUGACCGGCGGCUGUAUGAGCAGUGGAUCAAACACAACUGCCAUCAACACCGUCACCGAUCCCUGCAGCACACCACAGCAACAGCCAACGCAACAGCCAACAUCAUUGUCCUCAUUCAAGCCACAAGUUAGAGUAAAGCCGCAAAUUUUGCGCAAACCUCUAGUCCUUCCACCAACCACACCCGAAGCGGUGCGACGCAACCAAGAGCCAUGAGACCGAACCAAAGGCCGUUUGGCCAAAUAAUCAAAUCAGUCCCAUCAAUGAACGACUUCACAUUUGAAACAUAACACCCAUGACUAAUGUGGAACUUGAAGCAAGUAUAAAGUUUCUUCAGGUCAUGAAACAUACCUAAUAAUAAAUUGGCCAAAACAAGUUUUCUAAUGACAAGAACCAAUUCAAAUUAUCCACGAACUCAUACAUUAAUCCCAGAAAAAAAAUUGAAUAUAGCAAUAACUGAACCAACGCAUAAAUCUUAUCUUCCCAACAACAAAACAAUGCAAAUCUAUCGCUACAAACACAAAUUAAACGAAUGAGAGCUCAAACACAUAUUUUACGCAUUGCAAUUUAUUUAAUCGUCGUUAAUUCGUUUUUUUUUCUUUUUCUGUUCUAUUUCAAACCAAGUGACAAUUAAUGUUCAAUUUCAAAUUGAAAAAUCUUAGAUUUAGUAUACAAUUUAAAUGACUAUGUUAUAACAAAUUAUUUUCUUCUCACUGUUCUCUUUCUCCCUCGAAAUUAUUGGCUGACGAAAAAAAAAUACUUUUAUAUUUAAGAUAAAUCUAGGACGCAACAAUGAAAUUAAAUUUAAUUAUAAUUCAUAUUUAUGUUCCUACAAACAAAAAAUACUUCGAAUUAUUUCUAUAUGUUUUAGAAUGAAAGAAUUGCUCUUUUUUCUUCGUUUAAAACUGGCUUUUAAGGAAAUUGACAAGAAAAUUUCAUUGAAUUCGUCUGUGAAAUGCAACAAAAAUUUGACAAAUUAAGGGAUUUCACCAGCAGAAAUUUGAUGAUACAAAGGGAUCAAAUAUCCAUGGAAAAUUUAUCGAAAAAAAAUUAUUUGCUAACACAAAUCUUCUUUCUAAAUAUCGGGAUUGAUGAACUCAGAUUCAAUUAGAAAUAAAAAAUAGAAUUUUUUUCGCAAUUUUUGGGCAACAUAAA